AUGAACUGAUAUAUUCUGAUCAUGUAUUCUGAUGUAGUCGGGGCUGAAUGGCAAAUAACCAGGAUGGAGUCUCUGGAGGAGUUCAUAGUAAUUUCAGCUGUUAAUUCUAACAGGUCUCAGUGUUUCCGCUCUCAGUCGAACAACACACUCCUCAGGAUCAGACGAUGAAGAUCGUACCGCUUCAGAUCUAUCUGUUGAUGGUGUCUUCAGUCACAGAGAGUGUAAGAAACACAGCAGUAAGUUUAGGAUCUGAGGUGAUUAUAAGCUGUGAUCUUGAUAUAAAGGACGUUUACUGGAUCAGACACAAAUCACCAGACCCUCCAGAGAUCAUCUUACGCACUUUCAGCAGCACUAGUGAUGGAGCUGAAUAUGAAAACAUCAUCUUCAGACAAAAAUAUUCAGUGAAAACUAACAGCCGUCUGUGGAUCAGAAAUAUCAGCACUGAUGAAUCAGGAGUUUAUUAUUGUGUUAAAACUUAUGAUCCACUAAAGUUCAGCAACGGAACCAGAAUCUACAUCAACGACUCAGUCCUCAAGAAUCAGACAGAAUCAGAUGGUGCUCCUCAGCAUGAGGCCGAGUGGAGAGACCUGACCAUCAUCACAUGUGUCCUGAUCAACGUUCUUCUGAUCAUCGCUUUAAUGUGUUUGCUGAAGAGCUACGGUGAUGUAACUAGAAGAUCUAAAGACGUCUCGGAAACAUUCAGUGAUCUACAGUGUCCCAGAGACAGCGGCUGUUGUCCGGAGCAGAGCACAGUCGUCUACGCUCAGUGUCUGAUGUGAUAGAUAUUAUAAACACAAACCCUUUAUGAGGUUUAGGAUCUAAAUAUAGAGGGGUUUUGGUCCUGGUACUGUCUGUAGUGGAGAUCCAUGAAACAAACCUCAAGAAAUGCAUAACAGAGGAUAUUUUUUGGCUUGUAUACUACUAGUUUUGAACAUUUCUUGUAUGUCUCUCUUUUUUUACACCUGUUUUGCUGUUUCUGUAUGAACACCAUCUGAUCACAAAAUCAACUAAACAUAAAACCUUUUAUUUAUAUGUUACAGGUAUUAGAGAUUAACACUUUCAAAAGUAAAAGUAAAAGAGUGUGCUGUGGUCAGCGCAAACAUACCUUAACUUCCUGUUAACGGUGAAUAAAAUUAGCCUGUUACUUAGUUUUGUGUCUAAAGUUGUAUGAAAGACAGCGCUGUUUUAAUAUCAUGCAGAUUUAGCUUCAGUGUACUGAUUAUUUAUGGAGUGCUUUGUAAAUGAUUGUUUUUAAUGUUUCAUGUCACAGUUAUAUUCAAAGCUAACACAGAUAUCACACGUGUGACUAUAACACUAUCUCUCUCGCUGUGCUAAAGUAAAAGAUGAAAAUAUAAUAAAGCUUGUGUGCUGA